GCCAGGAUAGUAUGGCUGAAGUAAGCCUCUGUAAACAAGCACGUUUGGAAGAAGAGUUGCUACAGAGUGUCCCAGCCAGAGAUCUUGUGAAAAAGGUGUUGUUGGAUAAACCUGGUGGAGCAGCAGUCCUGAAGGAGUAUGCGGACACCGGAAGUAUUUGUGACAGUUCCAGGCGACAAAUGGUCAACAUUUUAGCUGCACACAUGACUGAAACCGAAGGGAGAGUUCCACAACGGCUGACAAGGGAGAAAUAUGCCCUUGGUAUCAUAACCUUGUUCCCAUCUCUGAAAGACCCAUUGUCUAGGAAAGGCUAUGAACACUUCUAUGAUGCCCAAAGUGGGUCGGGUUUCCUGGCCUGGCGGCUGAAGACGAUCCAGAGGAAGACGAAGCUUCACUCUCCAACUCCAAAUAACCCCAAGGCUAUGACAGGAGGGCCGACAUGCGCCAGGGACAUCGGCCAGGGCGGUGAGCAGGAUGAAUCGUGCAAGGAGACCAUUUCCCUCAUGACCCACACGAAUGACAAUGACAUCAUCUUCCAGAAGAUGCGCGAAACCUUCGCAUAUAGACAGAAACUUAUCCACAGCCCAGACACUUCGGCCAGUGUUCUGUCGGUUUUCCCAAGAUUGUUGGACACGAAAGGAUUGGUUCUUCAAGAUUUCAGCCUCCUUUUUGGAUCAGAGAUAUCCACCAGGCUUCUUGAAAGGUGGCCUUCCUACAAGCCCAAGCUCAUCAAAGAAGCAUCGUCACUUGCCCAAACACCACUGUUGCAGCGACUGUUGCAGUCGGCCAGGGAGGAGCCAGUGUUGUCAUCUGCAGACAACUUGCAAGGAUGGGACAGUGAUAUGUCCACACUACUCCUGCUCUUGCACAUCCUGUCACCUCAGUCUACUGGGAGGAAGAGGACCUACAAGAUCAGCACAAGUCGAGCAAUGGACAAUCUCGUGGUGUUUCACAAGUCAUGCCAGAGCCUUGAUGAGCACCUUGAUGCAGAUGACCGUCGACAGCCAUAUCUGCUUGCUUCAGGACUCCACAAGAAAGCCAUCAGCAACUACUACAUCGUCAUGGAUAAGAAGCUAAUUCCUUGCCAAGGAAACACUUCUCUGGCGGCAUUCGACGAGCUCUUCAAGGUCCAUUUCGUUUUCAGUUUGAGCUAUGAUGAGAGUCUCCACACAAUGUUCACCUUCCUUCAGACCACGGUGUACAACAUCGACGUGGGAAGUACCAGAGAGUCCCCUAAAGUAAGAGAACUGAGAGCAAAGCUGAUGAAUGAUCAUGUUUAGGUGCUAUGUUUGUAAGUCACUUCAUAGUUCAGGAAGUUACCUGAUACAGCACCUUAAACUUUUACAUGGCUU